CCACAGCAGGUUUCGUGGAGGGGGAAGAGAAUCCUCAUUCAAGCUUUGUCCGUGUCAACAUCCUUCUCUUUGGGAUAUAUUUCGGUAAUAUAACGCGCUUGGCGGCUUUAAUUAACCACAUUAGUUUAGUAUUAUAUUUAUAUAAAACCCGUAGCGUUAAAACGGAAGUGAUAAAGGCUCCCUGCUGAAAAAUGCUUCAGUCUCUAGCCAGCAAUUCGUGUGUGCGGUUGAUACAGAGUCACAAAUCGACAUGGUAUUUUGUAUCUCUAGUCCUGGGGUAUAUCCUGUAUCUCAUAUUCGGAGCUGUUGUCUUCUCCUCGGUGGAGCUGCCUUAUGAAGACCUCCUGCGCCAGGAGCUGAGGGCCGUUAAAAAACAGUUCCUCCAGGACAAUGAGUGUCUGUCCGAGGAGCGUCUGGAGCGGUUUCUAAAGAGAGCCCUAGACGCCAGUAAUUACGGGGUUUCCAUCCUCAAUAACGCAUCGGCUAACUGGAACUGGGACUUCACGUCUGCGCUGUUUUUUGCGAGCACAGUGCUGUCCACCACAGGAUAUGGCCACACAGCACCACUGUCAGAUGGUGGGAAGGCAUUUUGCAUUAUCUAUUCAGUGAUUGGCAUCCCCUUCACCCUCCUCUUCCUCACCGCGGUGGUGCAAAGGAUCAUGGUGUUUAGCACGCGGAGGCCGAUCAUGUACAUCCACAGGCGGUGGGGCCUGUCCAAGCCCCUGGUGGCCAUCGUUCAUGCCACUCUGCUCGCCACGUUGGCCGUCUCCUGCUUCUUCCUGAUCCCCGCUGCCAUCUUCUCAGCGCUGGAGGAGAACUGGAACUUCCUGGAGUCCUUCUACUUCUGCUUCAUUUCGCUCAGCACCAUUGGCCUGGGUGACUACGUGCCUGGAGAGGCUGCUAAUCAGAGGUUCAGGGAGCUCUACAAAGUGGGCAUCACUGUCUACCUGAUCCUGGGUCUGAUAGUCAUGCUGGUGGUGCUGGAGACCUUCUGCGAGCUGCAGCAGCUGAAGCAGCUGAGGAAGAUGUUCUACCUGAAGAAGGAGAAGCCGCAGGACCGCCUCGCCAUUUUGGAGCACGACCACCUGUCCUUCACCACCGUGUCCAACAGAGCCACGGCUUACAGUGAGGGCAAACCCCAGCCGUUUGUUGGCGUUCCAACUCUGGUCUCUCCCAAUGACGAUCCCAUGAUCCAGUAAACACGGACAGAGCAAACGUCCAAUGAAGGAUGAAAACAUGAACGUAGGGGAGUAAUGCACGCCAGAAUAGAAGUAGAUAGAAGGAGUAGAUCAGCUGUAGGCAUUCUGCAAAGCUCAGCCCUGCAAAUUUUAGUAAAACUAGUUGAGACUAUUCAGAUCAAGCAAACAAUUUCACUUAUCAAACCACAGUACUGACAAUAUAGUGCUACGCAGCAGAAAUUAAUAAGGGAUAAAAUGAAUAAUUUAACAGUGACUAUGAAGACAAAGUCAGUAAUAAAAGAAAAGCCUUGUGCUGUAUGACUCACAGGAGACGAACACCUUUAUGAGCUGUGCUAUUUUAUUGCAUAUUUAGGAACAUUUUAGAAAGUAAUUGGUCUCUUAAAUCUAGCUGAAACAUAGGACAGUUUUCUGUAGUCUGUCACAAAAUAGUCUAUAAACAUGUAUGUACCUUAUAAAUAGAAAUGCUUGACAGGUGUGUGGAGUAUACAUAAUCAGGUAAAUGUUUUAAGAUGUACAGUAUAGCACCAUUUAGAAUUAGCACAUCUGUUAAAGAUGAGCCGAAAUGUAGCUAAAACACAGAACAACUCAAGUCAUAAACCAUCAUUUGAGUUCAGAACUUAAAUUUUUUCAGGUGUAACUUUGACAGGAAUGUACCAUGACGUGUUUUCUAACAGUGCUUGUUGAAACUAAUCAAAGUUUGUUGAUAGGUAUGCUCUGAAACACUAGCUGGAUUGGCUCCUAUUGAUCUUUUGAGAAGUUUUUUGAAAGUUUCAGAGGCCUUUUUUUCUCCAUUGCAUAAUGUGUGUCACACGGUUGACUGAAAGAGAACUCACAGUCAAUCCUGGACAAAGCAUCUGAAAGAAUAGACAUUGUAUGAACAAUAAGUGGGCUGAGCUCAGAAGAAGAUCUCCUGGAAGUAUGACAUUUCUGAAUACAAAGAUUGCAAAACAGCAGGCUUUGUUUAUCAGGAAGAAACUAUUUCCUUCGCACAUACGAGCGUACUUUUACAGUCUGUUUGGUAGCAUUUUUGGCUCAUCUUUACGGAGGUGUUAACUAUUCUUUUUGGACUCCACGUUGUUACACAUUUCAUUGUGAGGGAUAGUAUUCGUCUGCAGAUAUCUGUAUUUUCUCAACACGUUGCAGUGCUAUUUCAGAGUUGUUCACGUGUGAUAUUAAGCACUAUAAUUUAUUGAUUUGUCUGAAUGAUUAAUGUGUGCUUGACUGUUUGAAAAGGGAAGUAGAGGUAGCUUAAAAAGGGAACCACAGAGGGCUGGCGGGCCCUGUUGCUUUUUACUGUCAAUAAAGAAAGUUCAUUUUGCACAUGUACUGGAGCCAGGCAGUAGUACAGGAAAAAAAUAUCCGUUUGGAAUUUUCUCAGAAAGAAAAGGGACAUGGCUCCAAAGAUUUCACCUGUAAAACAUGAGAUAUUCUAAUGGAAAAAUAAUGAUACUUUUGAUGUGGAUGAUCUGCUCUAAGCUAGAAAAUUCAAGAUGUCGAACAGAAACUAUUUUACUGUAUUGACAUAAUUUGAAUGUAGAAAUGUAUAUUUUUGACAUGAGGAAGGUUUACAAAAUUUUAGUAGUAAUAAUUAAAGGUAAUUCUGCACCAGAGAGGAGCAUUGGGGAAACUUGAAACUUUAAAGUGUAGCAGCAGGAGUGCAACUAAAACAUCCCAGUUACGAUAAUCUACCACAUCAGUUUUUAAUCUGCUCAUCAGCCAAGGAAAACUCUCCAUAAUUGGAGUUUAAUCCAGUGGAUAUACACUUGCAAGUUUAUAUGACAUUGACAUUGCACUCCUCUGUGUAUUUUUAAAAAAUUAUUUGUAUCUGAGAGAAAAAAAUGUUUUAACAGAAGUACUUAAUUUCACUUAAUAUUCUGUUUGGCACAAAUAGACACCCACAUGUGUAGUGUAGCACACCGCUACAUUAUUUUUUUGAUGUGCAUUUGUUAUGAAUUUUAACUAUGUCUCAGUCUCUGUGUGGAGCUGAAGUUCUGACCUCAUCUUUUUCUGCUACAUCGCAACAUCAAGACACAGUCGCAGCCUUUUAUGAAGUCUUGAAUGUAACAUUUUUUUAAUGCUGUUUGCUACAGUGUGACUCAAGGCCUGACCAGAGUGCAGUGUCACUCCUUGCUGCUCUGCUGGCUCUGUUAGUUUAGUGGUGACAAGUUUAUUUAAAACAGUGUGUACAGGUGAGCUGCCUGUGGCAAUGUGUAAUGACCGCUUGCAAAAUUAGCUUCGAGUGUGUCAUCAUCUGAGUUUUUCACUGAUCUUUAAUAUUGUAUGUUAUAGAUCAGUGGGAUUGUAGUUUUUUUUCUUUCCACCAGUCUUGGCCUUUGUGUAAACUGUGAAGUAUUGAAAUUGUUCUUAUUGUCUGCUGAGGAAAAGGAGAACUUGAAUUUUGCCAAGCUUGGGUCUCUCUUACUGUAAGAUGUUUGACUGUUUGUGGAUAUGUUAAAGAUUGAUGUCAAAGCUUUUACCCGUCGACUGUUUUCAGCAGUGUUUGUCAUGCACAUACAGUUUGUCUUAAGGGUGCAAGCUGCCAGGUGAAGUAGUUCUGUUCAGGGAGUAAAUGUUGUGUCAAGGAUUUCAAAUGGAAGCACACUGACAUGAUUUAUUUAUGCUGACAAAAGUAACUUGUUUGGAAAAUUUUGGAAUCCAAGGUUUCUGUACAUAUCUCUUCAGUUGUUGUGGUGUAGACUCAUAUGCACCAGUGAGUAUUUUAAUGUUACAAUACCAAUACUUACCGCAGGAGUGCCACGGGGCACCAAGGUUUUCUGUAAAAUUCAUUUUAGCAUACAAAGUGAAUCCAUGAACUGUACAAUAUCAGUGUGUCUUAAAUAAAGUGUUGGUUUAUUAUUAUUUAA